UGAUGACGCACUGACGCAUUGAUUGGUGCUCUGCCCCGGGUCUCCGAGAUCAAGCAAUCCCCCGGGCCGGCACGCGUGUCGGAUAGUUUCUGGGGUGGUGUUUGUGGGCGACCGCAGGCAAAGCCUCCUGCCAUUGUUGCGGGUCGCCGGGACCUGGGAUCGGGUGGUUGCAGCGCGACGACUUGUUCGCGCUGCGUCGCUACUGCGGCCCCGCAUUCAGGGCAGUCAGUCGCCCGCUGGUGACAGUCCGGGUGCCACGGCGUGAUAGCCAGCCGCUGGGUCAACCUUAAACGCUGUUUGGUGUCGGAGUUAGAAGUCUUUGGGUCGGGAAGUCACACAACCCAGGAUAAGACUAUGUCCGAUAAGAUGUCUGUCGACAAGAAGGAUCCCACCAAAGAAGAUAGCGAAGAAUCGAUGGAUUCCAGCCCGGAAGGGGACGCCGCCCCCGCACCUCCGCCGCAACAGUCGGAAAAUCAACAACCGAAGCGAAAAGGGGGUCGCAAGCCGAUCUAUGCGACAUCCGAGGAGAGAAAGCAAAGGAAUCGCCAGGCCCAGGCAGCAUUCCGUGAGCGCCGCACCGAGUACAUUAAGCAGCUCGAGGAGGCCAUCCGGACUCACGAGCAGAACCUGGCCAACCUUCAGGCUGCUCAUCGCCAUGCCGCCGAUGAGUGCUUGAUGCUUCGAUACAAGAACUCGCUUCUGGAGCGCAUUCUUUUAGAGAAAGGCAUCGAUGUGCAGGCUGAGCUGCGAGCGAAGACGGGCAGUCCGAAUCUGGGUCCCACGCAUGUUCCCCAGACUCUGGUGCAGCCGCCCCCGAUUCAGCGGGCCAUCCUCAAUAGACACCACGCGCGCAGGUCGAACUCGGGCAUCGCGCCGAAACUCGAGCCCGGGAUCCCUGCAUCUCCGUUACCACCUCCGAUCCACCCCCAACCGUCGGCUCUGUCGCCCAGGAACCGCCAAACUCCUUCUUCUCACUCGGCCUCGCCGACCGGGACGACGUCCUUUGGCUCACAGCCUGGUGCGUCUCCCGCUGCGUCUGACCAUAUGAAUGCCUCGGUUCGGCCGGCGAUGCCUCCUGUGACCGCGGUGAAGGCCGCUCCGGCUCCCCUGGCUCCUAUCCAGGGCCUUCCGGGCCCUCGGCCAAUGCAGGCACCGGGCCUCCAACAGCGGCCGGAUCACGUCCGAGGAAGCGCCCCUGGGAGCACUCCAUCGUUCUACCCGACGCCCUCCUUCCAGAAUCACAUCGAGCAGCUCGAGCAGGAAUACGAUGCUGCGGCUGAUAUGAUGGAUGACCCGGGCGAUGCGCCGGAUACUCCAAGCGGACCAGGACCUUAUCCCGGGCCAACCUAUGCCGGCGAACCGCAGCCGAUGUCGCUCUCAUCGCCGGUUACGACAGGGCCGCCUGGCGGGCAACCGAUCGCUGGGCAGUCGCCAAUCGACAACGUCGCCCAUUCUCAGCAUCCCGCGUACCCAUCCAUGACACAAUUGCUGGACAACAACUACGAUUUCGACCCAUUUGGCUUGAGCGCAAGCAUGGCUUUUCCCACCCAGUUCUCCUUCGACACCAGCAACAUGCGGUAAACCUGGCCCGGUAGUCUGGCGGAAGGGUUGAGGCACGACCUGUGCUGGCCAGCUGUGGCCGCCAGCACUUGUUCCGGGCAAAGCCGUCCGGGAACCAUGGAUGUGCAUCCAUCAGCGCCCAGGGAUCAUUCCGCGAUGCCGAAUUGCGCCCCCAGGGAGGGGCCACAAGAGUCAGUACCCCGGACCGGAAGAGUCGAACCCCAGGGAUAAGAAAAAUGGCUGGCAAUGAUUGCAUGGGUUCUGCCAGCUCCUAUUCGGCAAUACUUUGGAAAAAAACGGUUCAAAAGUGCUUUGUGAGAUACCCGGGAAGCAUUUCGCAUCGGGCAGCAAGAGGAGUUUUGCGAAAAGGAGGGGAAAAGCGACAUCGAGCUCCACAAGUCGUCGCUGUUGUGCACCAGCCUCACUUUUCAUUUCAGUGGGACACUGGCGGAUUCCGGAUUCUGGGGGGAAACAAAAAAGCAACAAAAUACCCGAUGAUGGAGGCGGCAUGUUUUGAUCUGGCAUCGUGUAUAUCUUGCUCGGCGUUUGCGCGGCCAACAAAAGUUUUGCUCUUCGAGGAUGUGCCAUGGGGGAAACCGAUCGUUGAGGAGCCGAGGGCUCGCAAGACGGAGGACAGCUUUGACAGCGACCUGGACGAAUGACGACCGUGGUGACCACGCUCCGCCAUCCCGACGGUCUUCGCGGCCAGCGAACAGUCGACGCGGCUUCCUGCGAUCCCCUACACUGACGACUCCGGAGUCCCCUUGCUGAUGGUACGUUGUCUUGUCAUGGGAAAGGGAAGGUCUGAAAGGGUUAAAAAAAGCUGGUCGAGUCCGCGGUACGGACUAUUCUCGAGUCACUCGGUGCCGGGUUGGGCUGGCCGUGUCGCCCUUGUUGAUUGGGGUAUUCAAAUUCCUGCAACUCGACGAGCCCUUCUUGAUGUUCUAUGGCAGUUGUUUCUCUGGGCUAUAUCAUGACUUGUGACGUGAUCUGUGGAAAAUGACGGUCCUGAAAUGUCUGGGACAAGUUGGCGAGGACAUAGGCGGUUUCUCUGGCGGUUUCAUCAGAAGACCAGGCUGCGAGAAGCUCGCAAGGGAAGCUCACAGUCAUGUAGCGCAGAAGGUUUCCGUUUGCUUGCGGUACGCGUCGCGGACGUGGGAGGUAGCUAGGCCGUCUAUUUGACAGCUCAGUAGAGCUUCUGUGCCAGCUUCCUUCUUUUUCUGCUACAUAAGGAAGACAUGUGAGGAAGUGAGAGGUCAAUAAGCCGGGACAAAAACAACGCAAACGUCGUCGAUCAAGAGCGGUUCAAA